AUGUGCCACUUUCAGGUCUCCUCACACACUGCUGGUGUGUUACAUUUUUUGUCAUAGGGUGCUGGCAGAUUACGGGCCUCCCAUAGCUGCUGCCAGGCCCCUAAUCUGCCAUGGGCCCCUGUACUGCCUCCUCAUGCUGCUGCCAGGUCCACAGUGUCUCAUGCCAUGUGCCACUUUCAGGUCUCCUCACACUGCUGGUGUGUUCAAUUUUUUGUCAUAGGGUGCUGGCAGAUUACGGGCCUCCCAUAGCUGCUGCCAGGCCCCUAAUCUGCCAUGGGCCCCUAUACCGCCUCCUCAUGCUGCUGCGAAGUCCAGAGUCUCUCAUUGGUCCCUGUACGGCCUCCCAUUGCUGCUGUCUCCAUCGCCACACUCUGCCAUGUGCCACUUUCAGGUCUCCUCACACUGCUGGUGUGUUCCAUUUUUUGUCAUAGGGUGCUGGCAGAUUACGGGCCUCCCAUAGCUGCUGCCAGGCCCCUAAUCUGCCAUGGGCCCCUGUACCGCCUCCUCAUGCUGCUGCCAGGUCCAGAGUCUCUCAUGGGUCCCUGUACGGCCUCCCAUUGCUGCUGUCUCCAUCGCCACACUCUGCCAUGUGCCACUUUCAGGUCUCCUCACACUGCUGGUGUGUUCCAUUUUUUGUCAUAGGGUGCUG